CUAUUCCAUUUCAGCCCCCACUUUUCAAACUUAGAACAAGAAAAAUAUAAGACUUAUCAAUCAAUAAACGCGCAUAACGUGUUAAUUCAUGCACAGGGUGGUUGAUACUCUGUAAUAGUGCGUUCAAGUCAGGUAUGGCGACAAUGUGGACAAGGGUUGCAAUUGAUUUCCGCCAAAAGGAGUUGAUGCCACUCAAAUUGAUCUUCCUAAUUAAUAUAUCAACUGUGUAUGUAUUUUACCCGUACCUGACAAUUCACAUGAGAGAAUUGGGCAUUGCUGUAGAAGAAACUGCUGUGAUGAACGCGGUAACACCAUUUUUUGCAACUGUAACGCCUCCCUUAACGGGCCUAAUAGCAGACAGAAUCGGAAACUUCAGGGUGCUUUUGUGCAUUUCCUCAGCCUUGGGGGGCCUCUCGACGCUGCUGUUGCUGUUGGUGCCCGCCGGCCGAGCUUAUAUUGCAUAUCCGUCUCAGAUCCCACUCGCCCUGGGCUGCAGGAGCAAAAGCAACCUCGAGCCACCACUGCAAGUGUCCCUGCUGAAGGAAGUACCCUGCGACCUGAAGGAAAACGCGAGUGAGCUGACCGGCAUCGCGCUUGAAUCCUGUGGGCUCGUUUGUCAGGCGUCCUCCAAUCUCGAUUUCAGUCAGCUCACUUCAGUGCCUGCCUACAGGGUUGACGGAAAAAUGGAAAGCCACCGGUUCGAGCAGUCAGAUAAUAUAUCUGGCAGUUUAAAGCAUGUGGUAAAUAGCAAUGAUCCUCGCCUUGAAAAGCUGGAUUAUCCUGAGCACUAUUACAAGGCAAUUAGAGCUAUUGCUGAUGAUCAAUUUUACUUUCCAACUGGCACCUUGUACAACAUGAUCUGUGAGCGAGAAAAGUGCUCCCUCAAAGAUGGUUUAAAUAUUUCUUCUGGUUGGACAUUCACCGAUAAUUUGUCCACCAACAAAUAUCUUUUUAAGAAGAGGACGGAGAUCAGCAGUGAAAACGUCAGCACGAAUAUGUCUAACACCAAGGAUUUUCUCGAAAAGCAAAAUCAGCUUAAUUUUGAGCUGGUAACCGAAAACACGACUCUUAAGUGCGUGGAUCCACUGACCCUUGGGGACCUGGUUGUGGUAAUUCCUUCGAUUGAAGUCAGCCUGCGCUCGUGCAGUCCCCUGUGCCUGGCGUCAGCGCCCCGUAACCAAAUUUGCUCGGACAUGAAGAAGCGAAGAGUGUUCGACCCUACCCUUACUUUUUGGCUUUACUUGGGCGUCUUAAUCUUCAACAGCAUCAUCAGCGCCGUCUCUUUCACCAUGUUCGACGGUGCACUGAUCGCCAUAUUAAGGGAAAAUAAGGCGGACUAUGGUCUGCAGAGGAUCUACGCCACGAUUGGAGGCAUGAUCAGCGCCCCUUUGACGGGGUGGCUCAUGGACUAUGCCUCAACGGGAAAGCAGUAUACCGAUUUCAGACCUGCCUUUUACCUUUACGCAGUUUUAAAGGUUAUUGGCGGCUUGUUGGUGCUGACAAUCAAACUGGACUUCAAAGCCCCCGCCCCUGGGGUUGCAAAGGAGGUGCUGAAGGUUCUCAAAAAUUCCGAGGUCAUCGCUCUUAUUUUAGCAUGUUUACUGUUGGGAAGCACUUGGGGUUUCUUAGAGAGCUUCCUUUUUUGGCUUCUGCAAGAUUUGGGCGCCUCAAGAUCCCUGAUGGGGCUCACAAUCACAGUUGGAGGCUUGGCAGGGCUACCGCUGUUGGUCCUAUCCGGCCCAAUAAUUGCAAAAGUUGGUCACGCCAACAUCAUCUGCCUUGGAUUUGUCUUUUACGCUAUUAGAUUAAUCGGAUAUUCUCUACUGUACAACCCAUGGAUCUCUCUGCUUUUCGAGGCCAUGGAAGGUGUUACCUCUGCACUAACCAUAACAGCAAUGACCACGUACGCGGCCAGUCUCUCAAACUCUGCAGUAGACGCAAGCAUUCAAGGAUUUGUUGGUGGCAUUCACUAUGGAGUCGGUAGGGGAGUAGGAAGCAUGGUUGGUGGAUUCACGAUCAAGACAGUCGGCACGAGGCCGACAUACCAAAUUUUCGCAUCUGUAUGCGCUGGCUUUGCUGUGUUAUAUUUCUUCUUCCACAAUUGCUUUACAUUAAAACGACCCAAUCGUAAAUUAAACGACAUCACCAAGCCGAGCAAGGUUGAGAUUCAGCUUGAAGGUGUCAAAGAAGAAAUAGUGAAGCUAAGUGAAAAUGAGAACGAUGAAAGUUUGUCCAACAUGGGAAAAUAGAGGGACCGAAAAACCAACUUGAUCCAUAAAAUCCAAGUGGGCAGAUGAAAAUGAACAAAUUAAUACGAACGAGAGGUCUUUUUAAAUAUUAUAUUGAUUUUUAAUGUAUGGAAAACGAAUGUGACUUGCAUUUUUGACACUUUGAUGUACUUGAAUGUGUAUCAUCAUUUAUAAGCAGAUUAAUUAAUUUAUGUGAAGCGCUCAACAGUCACAAUUAAAGCUAAACUAUGCUGAGUUA